AUGCUGGAUAGUCUAACGAUAUUGAGUCAAGCUGUAGCUUUUAAAGAUUACACAAACAUAUCUCUACAACAGCUUUAUGACGAACAAUAUAUCAAACAAGGAAAUAUAUUGUUUUACAAUAGAACCUACAAAGAUGUAGAAUUUACACACAAAUGCAAGAUUAAAAAUAUUUACAAUAUUAGGAAACUCUCGGUCAUUUUUACUUUUGCCAACAAUAAGGAAAUGUUAAUGUCAUUUGAUAGUUUAACUGAGCUCGAACUGUAUAUUCUCAAAUCGAAUGAUCGUUUUAAAAACAUUAAACGGGCUUCUGGAAAUGCCUAUGAUUGGUUUUUCAUCAUAGAUAAGGAUGUGAAUAAAGGAAGCAUUACUGAAUUAAGAAAACAACACGUUAAAAACAAAAUAAAUCCGACAGAGAAGCUUGGUGAACGUGAUAUUCUCCCAGUCAGAGACUCUAUUCGAUUUAAAUUGCUUAAUAAGGCUAAAAAUGAGUUUCUGAAGAGAUAUGAUAAGAAAAUUCCAUUUUCUUGUGUAAUUGAAGGAUUAGUAGAUGAUAAGGAAGUUCUUGUUGCCUUCGUGGAUCAAUCAGAAGGGACACUUGUCCACUUACCAGCUGAAUUUGAGAGCUUUCCUGUGUUGAUUUCCUAUGAAGCUCUUGAAUUAUACCAUCGUUCAUAUCACAAAGACCUUAUACCUGGCAUAAGCAUCGUAUCCAAUAAAACAUUUAUAUUAACUGCAAAGCAUGGCGUGGGAAAGGAGGAUGAAAAAGUGGUUCAACCGGGAACACUCGAUGAGGUUAACGCAAGCGAUCGAGAAAUUCCAAAAUUACCAAACGUGCCGUUUAAACAACAUAUCCAAAUUCGUAGUAUCAAGACCUCUGUAAAUAAUAAUGAUGAUUUUGUAAAUGUUAAGAAGGUUGGAGAACCACUUUCCUCAGAGAAGGCCGAAAGUGGGGACUCCGGUUCACCAGUAUUUGAUAAUGAUGGUAAAUUAUGGGGGAUCGUUAUUGCGGGAAUUAGUAGAACUGAAGGAAAAAGAACCGGAGGAAAAAGAACUGGAGGAAUCUUAAAUGGACGUUCUCAAAAGACACAAUGCUUUUAUUUUAAUUUUAAUAGAUUUUUAUACAGUUUUUGCAAAUUUUUUACUAUAGUUUAUUUUCAAAAUAAAAAUUCACAUACUGCUAAUUCCUAUUCGUGUUUUGUACAAGUUGAUCAACGGAAAUAA